GGGAGGCGCGUCGGAGUCGCCCCCACCUCUGGCUUUGCCCGGGCCAGCGGCCUGGGCAGGAGGGACCCACGCAGGAAGCCCUGGGGGCAGGAACGCCCUGUUGGAAAGCCAGACCAACCUAAGCUGAGGGCAGGCCAUGCCAUCCGGGCUGGAGAGGAACCCGGCAGGGUCCAGACUCUACGUGCUGGUCCCAGUGACAUAAAGCAUUUUCCAGACGAUGAAGACCCAUGCUCCCAAUCUCCUCCAAUCCUAAACUUCUGAUCCCCCUCUUCUGAGCUCCCCUGCACUGAAUUCUAGGAGAAUCCUCCUUGUCUAGGAAAUGCAGUUAUCACAGCAGCUGGACUUGUUUCCUGAGUGCAGGGUGACCCUUCUGUUAUUUAAAGAUGUAAAAAAUGCAGGAGACUUGAGAAAAAAGGCCAUGGAAGGAUCUAUUGAUGGUUCAUUGAUAAACCCCAAUGUGAUUGUAGAUCCAUUUCAGAUACUUGUGGCAGCGAACAAAGCCAUUCAUCUCCACAAACUGGGAAAAAUGAAGACAAGAACACUGGCGACUGAAAUUAUCUUCAACCUCUCCCCAAAUAAUAAUAUUUCAGAGGCUUUAAAGAAAUUUGGCAUCUCAGAAAAUAACACUUCAGUUCUGAUUGUCUACAUUGAAGAUGGAAGCAAACAAGUACAUCAGGAACACCUAAUAUCUCAAGUGGAAGGCCAGCAGGUACCUUUGGAAAGUCUUGCAGAAAUAACAAGGCUCUCGGAGGUCAAGAAGAUAUAUAAACUAUCAUCACAAGAAGAGAGGAUUGGGACGUUAUUGGAUGGUAUUAUUUGUAGAAUGUCAACAAAGGAUGUUUUAUAAGAUGUUUAAAAUGUCAACAGAAAAUGGCACAGUUAAUCACUAGCUUUUCUUUCCUGGUUAUAAAUUGACAUAUUCGUCACAGGAAAGGGAAGGAGAGACCACUACCAGCCGGACUUUCCAUAAGGUUAACCCUGUCACUGCCUCUGCCGUUGUCAGCUAGUCUUCUGCUUGUAUUUCAAGACAUUUCAUAUUUAUACAAUUGGAAUAAAAAGCGCAAGCACCUAGAGAAGG